CUAAAAUUAUUAAAAUUGCAUAAAAAGAAUAAAAAGAACUAACCCAAAAAUGACUUACCAUCUUCUCCCUAGUCAGCUCACUCCUCAUUCCUAUUAUUGUUUCUCUUGCUUCUUGAUCAAGUGUCAGAUCACUAGGGUCCCUUGUUCUCUAGAUCUCUUUAUGUAUUUGUAUAAGAUUUCUCAUGCAGGACACAUUGAGUCGAAGUCAUACUCCAAUGUGUCAAUCUUGAAUGACUGUGGUCCUGUGACGUUCCCAUCUUCGCUCAAACAUUGGAAAUCAAAGUUCGUCUUCGUUUCUGGUUUCCCCAGGGAUCGACACCCUUUCUUGGCAAGGUUUCCUGGGUGUCGUUCCUUCAUCCGUCAUCACCGCCCCAAGGACACCAUGUAGCUUCUCAAGUACACGGAGAAGCUUUUGGCGGAAUGUCGCCCUAACCCUCUUAGUGUGUACGAUAGUUGUACGAAGGUGAACCUGGGCAGAGCAGGGUUCCUCAUCUCGCUUGACCGCCAAUAUGAGCUGGCCGAGGCGUUCAGGGGGGAACACCGAGGCGUGGCCUCGAAAAUAUAGAAGCCAGCACGUUGGAUGAGUAGGAGUCCGAUUCCAAGGAGGCACAGGAUGACCAUCAGAUCGAGGAUGAGCAAAUGCAUCCUUCUGAUCCCGAGGAGGAAAGUGAUACCGAAUCGUCCUCCGAAGACGGAAAUGAUGAAGGUUUGUAUUUUACCUUUGUCUUCCUUAUUUAACAAAUAUCCUCCGACGGCUAACCUUUGUUUUCCGUUUCAGGUGAGAUGCACCGUGCUCGCACUAUGAAGAAGUUGGUGACCCAAGGCUCAGCCGAAGGUCAGAGCGGAAGGGGGGGAUUCUCAGUUGUUGAGCGGGGCUCAAGAAUUCCAUGAGUCUACUGUGGUCACCAUCCCCAGCCCAACCAAAGCUCUGGACCACACACAGAAGAGGAGAAGGGUCAUUGGAGCCAAGGAAGAGGAAGAAGGUCCUAGUUCCGACUCUUUCGGACUGGAUGCAGUUCUGGCCAUGCGCCCGCCAAAAUUCAAGGGCGGAAAAUCUUCCCUCCACAGCACUUCUGGUGGGGAAGGUGAUGAUUGUGUAGAGACGAAGGCCGGAUUCUUGACGUCUGUGCUGAAGGACGAGGACAAAAUCCUAUUGUCCUUGCGAAAGACUUUGGCGGAGGUAGGAAAUAAGGUCGUUUACUUGUUGACAGUUUCUUAGUAUCUGUUGGCCGACUAACCUCGUGUUUUGUAUGCAAUGGACGAGUUGGACGCUCUCAGUUCCCAUCGCUCAAUUGUAAAGUUCGUCUCGGGGGCCAACUUUUUAACCUCUAUGGAAACAAAGCUUGGCUGCCUGAAAAAGCUUCCUGAGGCCCACGAUGAGCAAGUGUUAGAGCUCCAACUGCAGGCCGUGUCCAAAUUUGAGGAGGUGGUCAAGCUAUAGGGUUUGUUGAAAGAGGCGGAGGAGUCUAUGUCCCAGCUCAUAAGUUCGAUGGCCAGCCUUGAGGAGAAACUCCACCAAUCAGAUGAGAGGAGGGCCGAGCUGGAUAUUGAGCUUGUGGAGGCCGUCUCUCAUCAGGAGUAAGCUGAGCGCGAGAAGAAGAAAGUCGUGUUUCAGGAAUCAAGACGAAAUCAAAGCCACUUUACAUCAAUUAGCCCUAAUUCAUACGAAAUUGAAAUCCAAAGACAGAUUAAAAAUGUUUAGGAGCUGGUGAAUUUGGCGAUGGCCUUGGUGCCUUUAGAAACAGCGUGCUUGGCCAAUUCUCCAGGAAGAACCAAUCUCACGGCGGUCUGGAUCUUGCAGGAAGUGAUGGUGGGCUGAGUCCCUUGCGUUCAAAGAGGUGUUGAUGGAAAAUUUUCCCAAGUACUUCGAUGAAUGGGUGAAGACUAAAGUCGGCCUGAAGAAGAUUGGGGUUGAGGGGUCGAAAUGGUUAGAGGUCGGCAUCUACCACGAGAUCGAGCUCGUCCUUCAGCGCACUAGGAUAGUGGAUCCCUCCUUUCCCUAGCCAGGAGUUGAUAUUACGCAGAUGCACGAUCCGGAUCAGAAUGACGAGCUCGGCCCAAACCCGGAUUUCAUGGGCACCCAGCCGCUGGUCGAAGUUCUUCAAGCUAACUUUGCUCAGACUUCGGAUGCUCCUCUGGCCUAGGCUUUAUCGAACCUU